UUGCGCGAUUUCCUAGCAGAACGCAACACAUACACGGUCUUUUAUACCCUAGGAGCACGAACCUGGUUGUGAUGCGACUUGUCCAAGCAGCCUGCGACCUCUCUGUCGGGCCCGCGCUACGCGACCCUCUGUCCUAAAGCACAACUGGUGCUCGACAGCGACCUACAUCAACAUCGUUGAUCCUUUGGCCAAAAUGUCUGAUUCCAGCCGCCCACGGCCUGAGACACGCCAUCGAAGCUUGCACUCACUCCCUCUGGAGCUCCUGGCUGAGAUAUGCAGCUACUUCUGUGCCCACUGCGUACGAAAAGACCAAGGGGAUACGUGGCCCUUCAACGCCAAGCAAGACCACAUGGGCGAUGUUUGCCCACCACCGGAGCUGGGCUCACGCUCUGGCUCUACGGACCUACUCAAUAUCAGUCGCGUGAACAGAACUCUACACGCUGUGGCAGGACAAUAUUUGAGUCACUGCACUUUUACCCGGAACUGGUCGCUUUGGUUUCUCCUCGACACGUUGACAAACCGGCCUACUCGAGCGCUGCGAAUCCGGGAACUAGACGUCGGGUAUCCUUUACCUCAUCGGGGACUGGUUCAAGGGUCUCGUCCGCCACUGCCACCACCAAUCCUCAAUGCGGUGCGGGAUCUCUUGCGCAGUGUUAGGAUAUCAACGGUAGAAAGCCGCGUGGCCGUUGAGGAUGCUCUAAACAACGCCCCCGAGAAUGUAGGCAUUAUCGGCCAGAUGGCCGAACAAGCAGCCUUGAUGUCGAUACUAUUGCGACUUGUGCCAAACUUGGAGAGUGCACAUUUUCAACUACCCGAGCGCCACCCCAGGCCCGCUAUCGUCUCCUUUCCAGCCUUCCUCUCCGGAUUGGUUUCGUCUAGUCCGCCCUUAGUAUCACUGACGAGACUGGCUUUCGGUAGCCCCGCGGAACAAAGCUUCCCGUCCGGGAUCGAUAAAACCAUUCCCAUCAUCGCGUUGGCGCCCAAUCUUCGGGUUCUGCACUUUGACAAUUAUGGGAGCAACCUUGAGUUUGGGGGACUCGACCUUCCGCCACUGCAGAAUCUCACCGAGCUCAGCCUCGAUAAAUGCUGUUUGACCAUGGACCCCCUGGUCACCUUUUUAGCCAAAGUUGGGCCAAAUUUGUCCAGAAUGAGAUAUCGGCGACACGGAACAGCACAGGCGUUUCGUCGGGGCGUGUCGUUCCAUGAGCUUCUCAAAGCAUUGCGGCGUUGGAGAAAAACGCUAAGGGAGCUGAGCUACACGAACUCUGACUACGGAUUGUCGCAGGGAAAUGAACUUCUCCUUGACAUCUCCCUCCUCCAGAAAUUCCGAACAUUGCAGACGCUCUACACCGAGUCAACCUUUCUUUACGCCCACGUGCGGUAUUGUUGGGGCGAGGAAGAUGAUGUAUAUCUCUUCACCUCAACGCUCCCUUCCUCGAUAUGCACGCUCAAAAUUCGUCGGUACCAUCACACGCUCGGCGUUCACCUGCGGGAGUUAUUGGUUGCGUGCAAGGUGGGCGACUAUCCGAAUUUGCGCUCGAUAGAGAUCUACGUCGACUGCUCUGAUAACUUUGAGUUUUCUGACUCCGAAGACGAGGCCUCGGGAGAUGUUCCCCCUGAAUCGGGGAUACGAUCGGAACUGGAGGAUAUUGGCGCUUCAUUCCGGGCGGCGGGCGUGGACUUUGUUCUUCAC